AUGAGCUCCAGCCACAGCUUCGGCCAGAUCCCCUCUGGCUCCCUCCCUGGCACCAGAGGUGGCUGGGGCAGGCCGGGGGGCUUCCCCCGGGCUCCCAGCGUCCAUGGGGGUGCGGGGGGCGUCCGCAUCUCCCUUUCCUUCACCUCCCCAGGCUGCCUGCCCCCUGGAAGGUCUUGGGGGUCCGGAAGAGGCAGCUCCCUCCUUGGUGGCAAUGGGAAGGAGACCAUGCAGAACCUCAAUGAGCGCCUGGCCUCCUACCUGGACAAGGUGCGUGCUCUGGAGGAGGCCAACGUGAAGCUCGAGAGCCGCAUCCUGAAGUGGCACCAGGAGAGAGACCCUGGCAGGAAGCAAGAUUACUCCCAGUAUGAGGAGAACAUCAGCCGCCUGCAGGAGCAGAUACUGGACGGUAAGAUGACCAAUGCGCAGGUGUUUCUUCUCCUUGACAACGCCAGGAUGGCAGUGGAUGACUUCAACCUCAAGUACGAAAAUGAACACUCCUUCAAGAAAGACUUGGAGAUUGAAGUGGAGCGUCUCCGGAAGACCUUGGAUGACCUAACCAUUGUCACAACAGACCUGGAACAGGAGGUCGAGGGGUUGAGGAAAGAGCUCAUCCUCAUGAAGAAGCACCAUGGGGAGGAAAUGGAGGGACAGCAUACGCCAAAUGACUUCAAGGUCAAUGUGAAGCUGCAUACAACCCCAGGGGAAGAUCUGAUUAAGAUCCUGGAGGACAUGAGGCAAGAAUACGAGUUUAUGAUAAAGAAGAAGCAUCGAGACUUGGAUGCUUGGUAUAAAGAGCAGUCAGCAGCCAUUGCCCAGGAGACCGCCAGCCCCACAGCCGUGCAGAGCAACCAAGGCAACAUCCAUGAGCUGAAGCGCACUUUCCAGGCCCUGGAGAUUGACCUGCAGGCGCAGCACAACAGGAAAUCCGCUUUGGAGAACAUGUUAUCGGAGACCCGGUCUCGGUACUCCUGCCAGCUCCAGGACAUGCAAUGCAUCAUCUCCCGCUACGAGGAGGAGCUGCUGCAGCUGCGCCAGGACCUGGAGCGGCAGAACAGCGAGUACAAGGUCCUCCUGGGCAUCAAAACCCACCUCGAGAAGGAAAUCGCCACCUACCGCCAGCUACUGGAGGGCGAGAGCCAAGGAACAACAGAGGAAUCUAAGCUGAGCGCAAGAGCAUCCAAGAUCAAGGCCAUCACACAGGAGAGCAUCAAUGGAAGAAUAGUUUAUUCUCAAGUGAAUGAGAUCCAAAAGUAUGCAUGA